CGUUGAGCAAAUGGCGGAUUAAAUGGCAAAACAGUUGCCAUUCAUUUGACUCUUUGGCUAAUUGUGUGCUAAUUGUGUCGACAUUUGGGUGAAUGCAGUGAAGUGUUAUGUGGAUGUGUUUGUCACCACAACACCAUAGAUAUGAUGAGGAAUAAUAUGUCACUUCAGUUGACAGAUCAGCCGCACAAUGCGGUGAGUGGGAUCAACCGGAACAGCCCUUCGCGCACAAGUAUCCGAAUAUCGCCGCCAAUCGCACCCAACAAUGAGACCAAAACCAAUGUGAGGACCAAUUCAUCAAAUGUCAUGAGAAGUGAUUCAGAGCCGCACUCUUUGCUCGUCAACCAGACGUCUGGUAUCCAUCCAAACAGUUAG